GCCCCCUUUCUCUGGCAACACUCUUCCCUCUCGCUCGAUGGAGGAGCAGCCCUGUGUGCGGGCACAUCACCACCGCCAUGCAGACGAGGCAGGGAACCCCAACUGUCCGCCGACAGUGGUGAAACAUGAGCAGAAUCACGAACAGGGCCAGCCUUCGAAAACGUCGAAGAAGAAAACAGGAGAUGUUAAAGUAAAUGGUUCGACAACAGAUAAAGACAGUAGUGUAUCUCCCAAAUCUCAGGACUCAAGGGAUGUUCAUGUCUUUUAUCCUAAUGGGCCAAGAACUGAUAACCGGCAUCAAGUAGAUAGCAAGAUCAGACCAAAACGGGGCUUCCGGUUUACAACCCACUUCUCCUUCAAACUGGGAGACAGAGUUAUUUAUAGCUAUAAAAACGUUAUGGACAGAAGAAAUGAUAAGCCCUUGGAAAGCAGGCUUCGUGAAGGAAAAGCAAUUGACAAAAGAGAGGCUGUGCCACUUCUAAACGGAGUUUUGCCUUUUAAUGUCUUUAGUUUUGCAAAUGGUUAUCCUAGUAAAUCAGCACAUGACAAUGAUGGUAGUGGCUCUGAAAGUGGUUAUACAACACCCAAGAAGCGUAAAGCACGGUGCAACAGCAUCAAGAGCUGUGAUAACCUGAGCUUUGGUCAGGAUAAAACCAUGCAGCAGGAAAGCUCUCCCCUCUUGAAAAAGGAGUUUGAAACUAUUCAACCUGAUUUAGCAGAGAAACUUACUGGAAAAUUGGAAGGAAUAAAAACCACAGUUAAAUCUGAGGCUUCAGCAGGUCUGGCAGCAGCACGACCAAAGCCUGUAUCUGAGAUUCAAAAGAAGAACUCUGAGCUCAAACUCUGUGCUGCAGGGAAGAAAAAUGAGGACAGACUCAUCAAAUCAAAGCUUACUUCUGCUGUGCCAACAAAAGAGGAUUCAUGGACCUUGUUUAAGCCACCCCCUGUUUUUCCUGUGGAUAACAGCAGUGCUAAAAUUGUUCCGAAAAUAAGUUAUGCAAGCAAAGUUAAAGAAAACCUCAACAAAGCAGCCCAAGGUGUGGGUGAUGCUGUUUCUUCUCGGGCAUCUGGAAAACUGUCACAGGUACCAAUGUCUGCUAUGAAAGCUGUUUCUUCACCUUGUUUUACAAAUGGGCCAAUGUCCACUGACUGCAACAGCUGUGAGCCCCAGGCACUGUUUACUCCUGCUGCUAGUACAGUAAUAUCUCCCUCCUUUUCAGAGGGUGAAAGUGAAGUGUCCUCCCCAGACAGUGGCUGCCUUGUAGUUUCCGCAAAAAUUGAGCAAAAGAAGGCAAACCCAUUUUCAUGUCCUUUGAAUAUGCAACCCCAGUUUUCUAGUAUUAGCUUGACAGAUAUACCCCUUUCACAGACGAAUCAACAAACUCUUGGGGAUAUCUUUCAAAACCAGUGGGGAUUAUCCUUUAUUAAUGAGCCAAGUGCCGGUCCAGAGGCAAGUCCUUCUGCUUCAGAGAGUAGAAUGACAGAAGUCACAUUUCAAGGAGAUUACCCUUCUGCACUAACCUUGCAGGGCCCAGAAAUUCUUCCCUCAGGACCUGAAUGCCUGGUCUUUCCAAAGGCUUUUGAAUUUGACAAACGGACUAGUCCUCCAAACCUUAGUGGUAUUUUAAAGUCAUCCUUAGUUGUUUCUGGCUGCGAGAGUGCAGCUUCCACUUUUGAGGCACAGAAAAUCUUUGGUGAUGAACUUCAGAAAACUGAAGAUGGGAAACUAGGUGCAAUAUUGUUUGUUCAAUCACCUCCGGCCUCUCCCACGAACCCUGUGUUGGCUUUUGCUAAAGACCAGAGGUGUCGGAGAGAUUUUGACAGAAGAGAUAGUUGGGGGUCAUUUGAUCUUAGAGCUGCUGUUAUUUAUCACACUAAAGAAAUGGGACUUAUUUUAAAUUUGCAAAAACAAGAUCCCAAACGAAUAGUCAUUUAUGAUGAAGCCAUGGAUCGACCUGAUCAAUGAAAUUAGUACCGCCAGCAGUUGCUCUACGGUUUUCAUUUUCUGCUACAGCAAUACAGCUAUGCUGGAUGAUUAUUGCUGCACCGCCUUUAUAGAUAACCUUCGCUUGGAACAGAAGAAUACCAUUGGUGUGAAGCUGUCAAGUAUUGCAGUAGAGAAGUGAAAAGGCGAGAAGGAGAAAACAAGCCUGAAAACAAAUUUUGUAUAACUUGUUUCCUAUUACUGACAGAGCCAGAAGACAGAUUUUAAAUAUGACCUCCAAUACUUCAAAUGGUAUUAAGACUCCAAACAAGUUCUCAGUUGCAAGAAUUAAAGACUUGGUUCUGAAACAUUUCUGUCUUUGGGCUAUAAAAAGUAACAGAUGACCCAUUUUCAAUCUUGACAUGAAACUUGCAUCUGCCUAUAGUGUCACAAAGUUAGUUUUUACUGGACAAAUUGUUCAGAG